AUGAAAGAAGCAGCAAAGGCCCUGCGUCAACGAGAAGACAUAACUGUGCGCCGUGCAGAUAAAACAGCAGCCUUCGUCCUGAUCAAGACAGCGGAGUACCGCCAGAAGUUGGAUGCCAUCUUGUCUGACAGUACUAAGUUUGAGCGCCUCACUAAAAGCCCCACAGAUGAAAUAAAAAAAGAAGCCAAUGACAUCAUUAGCAGUGUCAAUGCAGCCACCAAUGCCGUGCACAUCCCGCCCAUCAUCGGAGAUUACAGCCUUGGCUAUCUGUACGGCAACGUAAAAACACAAAAAAAUGGGAACCCUCUCCACCUCAUCAUCAGCCAGACACCCGCCCCCACGUAUGGACUGGCAAAGCGCCUUAAUCAAAUUUUGACGCCCUACGUGCCAAGCCGAUAUAGCCUUCGCUCUUCAACGGAAUUCCUCAAAGAAAUCCGAGACUCCCCAGGAACAGGCACUAUCGCCUCCUUGGACGUAGAAUCCCUUUUCACGAACGUUCCUGUUGACGAGACCAUCAAUAUCAUUAUGGACCGUAUCUACAGGGACCCCUCUACACCCCAGCUGAAUAUCCCAGAAGUAUCCCUGCGGACACUCCUCGAGAUAUGUACGAAGAAGGCCCCAUUCUCCACCCAUAAAGGCCAGAUGUUCCGACAAAAGGACGGAGUCGCGAUAGGUUCCCCUCUUGGUGUCCUAUUCGCCAACUUUUAUAUGGGCACUGUGGAAGAGAGAAUUUUCUCUAAUAUCAGAAAACCCCGAAAAUACGCAAGGUACAUCGACAAUAUCUUUGUACAAGCCGAGGAUGAGGAAGAGGUUGAAGCUGUUCGACGCAUGUUCCAGCAUUGCAGUUCGCUGAAUUAUACCGUCGAAUUCAGCAACGAAGGCCAGCUCCCCUUUCUCGACGUCCUCAUCUCCAAGACCGAUGAUGGCCUAAAAACCUCCGUGUAUACAAAGCAAACAAACCUAGGGCUUUGUCUGAAUGGCGACAGCGAAUGCCCUGCGCGGUUCAAGAACACCACAGUCAGGGCCUACAUUCGGAGGGCCCUUACUCACUGUUCUUCCUGGCAGGACACUCACAAAGAACUCGACCGAGUCACUCAGAUGCUCGUUAAUAACGGGUAUCCGAAUCGACUUGUUGAUAAAGAAGUUCGAACAGCACUGGAUCGGUGGUACGGCGAGAAUGAGAGACCGCAGCCCCACCUCCAUGAGAAGAUCAAGCUGUAUUACAAAGCAAGAAUGCACGCACGUCACUUUGAGGAUGAAGAUGCUUUGAGAAAAAUAAUCAAAGAGAAUGUGACCCCUACCGAAGCCGACAAAGAACUCGAACUUGUAAUUUAUUACCAAAAUUGA